GCUAUAAGACUGGUAGGAGGAGCUGGUCCCUAUGCCGGGAGGCUGGAGAUCAUGUACAAUGGUAGAUGGGGAACAGUAUGUGACGACGGCUGGGAUGAAAACUCGGCUAGAGUUGUAUGUAGAGAAUUGGGAUUCGAUGUUGACAUCAAACCAAAAUCUCUCCCAGAAGCAGCUUAUGGUGAAGGCUCGGGAAAGAUUCUACUGGACGAGUUUAGAUGUAACGGAUCUGAGAUCUCGUAUCUGUACUGCGCUCACUCUGAUUUUGGGGUUCACAACUGUAAACACAAUGAAGAUGUAUCUGUUAUUUGU